CGCUCAUCCUCGACGUCUUCGCACGCCGACGAUGGAGGACUUCUUCGGCCAUCCAAGUCGCGCCGCGCGCGCGAGUACAUCCGCUCGCUGCCGUUCAAGAAGAAGGUGCCGUUCCGCACGCUGUUCCCCAAGACGUCGGACCUCGCGCUCGACCUGCUCGAGAAGCUGCUGGCCUUCAACCCGGUCAAGCGCAUCACGGUCGAGGAGGCGCUCAAGCACCCGUACCUCGAGCCGUACCACGACCCGGAUGACGAGCCCACGGCGCCGCCCAUCCCCGAGGAGUUUUUCGACUUUGACAAGCACAAGGACACGCUGAGCAAGGAGCAGCUGAAGCAGCUGAUCUACCAGGAGAUUAUGCGGUAG